AUGAAUACUCGACAAGGAAUCCAUCCUAACUUGGACCCAAACGGAACCAUUCUGAAAAAAGUUAGAAGAAAUUCAGAUACAGGUCCAAAAGCUCCCAUAAAUCCACAUUCGAAAGUUCUUAAAUUUAAAAAAGCAAAGGGCGAGCCAGCGAACCAACAAACACUCUUUCAAGUUAUAAACAAAUUCAGAAUAGAGUUUGGACAAGAACCAAUUCAACUUGAUAAUAGAUUAUCUGAAUACGUUACUAAAUUAAUUAAUAGCAAUGACACCAAUAUAUCGCUAGAAAACAUUUUUGUUGUUCAGAGUGGUCAUUUUGUAUACGACUUUAAUGACGAAUCUCCUUUACAAUUAAUCAGAAAUUGGAUUAAGGAACAAGAUUUUAUCGAAGUUUUAAUGGCUCCAGCGACUAUAGGAUAUUUAGAUAUAGUUCGGCUCGAUGAUCAAUCUAGAAAGAUCAUUUUUAUUUAUGCUUAUUUGUAUUUGUAA